CCCAUGUAUGUCAUAUCCGGAUACGUACUAAAUCGUUCUUUCUGUUCGUGGAUGUGGUGUAAGUAGGAUCGCUUGAUCAGUGUUCGUAAUUUACUUUCUUUUUUUUGUAAAUUAUUACUAAAUGUUGUAUUGUAGUUAAUACUUCAUUUUUCUUCAAAAUGUUUGGAUAUAUUUUACAUAGCAAAAAAAAAAGAAUAAUAAAAAUUAAUUAUUCUAGGAAUCGUUACCUUAUUCGAUCGAUUGAAUACGACUCAUCAUCUUUGGUAGUAAUUCAAUUAGGAAUUGAAAGUUUCCUCCAUUGCAUCAAAUAUGUGAGUAAUAGUAUCAUUUUUAACUAUAAUUUUAAAGUUAAAUUGUAUAAUGUAUUUAUAUUUUUAUGUUCUAUCUCUCUUCAAAUCUGUUCACGAUUGUUCAUUACAUGAUAUCCGCAAUGCGUCGUUUAAUUUCGCCUUCGUGGAUAUUUAUCUAUGUAUAAUGUUAUGUAACCGUUCUUUUAAAGAUUUUGAUAAGUGUCUAUAUUUCCAUCAAAGUAUUUAUUCGUAUUUUUUUUUUUUUUGUUCAAAAAAAGUACACAUAAAAAAUACAAAUUUAAAAUUUAUGUAUAGAAAUUGUUAUUUAUUAAAGGUUACGACAUAUUUUGGGAGGCCUUGGAUCUCUCAGAAUUAGGUUUGUAUAUAAAUAUGUGUAUUUUAUUAAAUACCUCCUAUUUUGGCAUGCCUCCAUUUUAUGUACAUGAAUGGAGCAUGAAUGCUUGUGGGAGGAACAGCAAUUUUGAGAACUUGCCUUCGGAAUCCACAUAACUUUUAUCUGGAGCUGAUUCUCUUUGUUCUCUACAUUUAUAUGAAAUAAGUAUAAUAAGGUGAUUUUUAAUGUAUCUUAAUUUUUUAUAGGACGUACGGAGCUAGUUACCAUAGUGGAAACUAUAGAACAAAAGAAAGAGGAUCUGUAUAUAAAAAUAAUGCUAAUAGGAAUGGACGAUUUGAGAAUCGUAAUAAAAAUAAUAUGCAUGGUAAUAUCGGGCCCUUGAAAAAGCCAAAUUGGAACUUUGUAAAUUUGGAGCCUUUUAAAAAAGAUUUUUAUAUACCACACCCUAAUGUUCAAUCACGUCACCCACAAGAAGUAGAUAUAUUUAGACAAGAAAAUCAAAUUACUCUUAAGGGAGAAAAAAUUCCUAAUCCUAUACAACAUUUUGAAGAAGGAAAUUUCCCUGAUCAUGUAAUGCAGUGUAUCAGAAAACAUGGAUUCAACGAACCAACUGCUAUUCAGGCUCAAGGUUGGCCAAUUGCUAUGUCUGGACAGAAUAUGGUUGGAAUAGCGCAAACUGGAUCUGGAAAAACUUUGGGAUAUAUCCUUCCUGCAAUAGUACAUAUUAGCAGUCAACAAGCUUUAAGUCAUGGUGAUGGACCAAUUGCUUUAAUUCUAGCACCAACAAGAGAAUUGGCACAGCAAAUUCAAAAGGUUACACAAACUUUUAGCUAUGUAAAAAGCACUUGUAUUUUUGGUGGAGCACCAAAGGGAAGUCAAGCUCGUGAUUUAGAACAAGGAGUUGAGAUUUGCAUUGCAACACCUGGACGAUUAAUUGACUUUUUGGAACGUGGUGUAACUAAUUUACGUAGAUGCACAUAUUUGGUGUUGGAUGAAGCAGAUAGAAUGUUGGAUAUGGGUUUUGAACCACAGAUCCGUAAAAUUAUUGAACAAAUCAGACCAGAUAGACAGGUACUGAUGUGGUCUGCAACUUGGCCAAAAGAAGUUCGAAAUCUUGCAGAGGAAUAUCUUGUAGACUAUACACAAUUGAAUAUUGGAUCAUUAACAUUGGCAGCUAAUCACAAUAUUCUUCAGAUUGUUGAUGUUUGUGAAGAACAUGAAAAACAAACAAAAUUGCAAAAUCUUCUUCAGGAGAUUAGUAAUAUCAAUCCAGAUGAUGGAAAAACAAUAAUUUUUGUAGAGACAAAGAAAAAGGUGGAGGUUAUCACUAGAACUAUUCGUCGAUAUGGUUGGCCGGCUGUAUGUAUACACGGUGACAAAUCACAAACAGAAAGAGAUUUUGUUCUUACAGGUUUGUUAAUAUAUAUGUGUGUGUGUGUGCGUGUGUGCGUGUGCGUAUAUAUAUAUAUAUAUAUUUAAUAAUAUUCUCAUUAUAUUUUUCAUAUAUUAAUACAUCGUAUUAUAUUAAAUUUUAGAAUUUAGAAGGAAUAAGGAUUCAAUUCUUGUAGCAACAGAUGUUGCUGCGCGUGGAUUGGGUAAGUAAUAAAAUUAUUAUUCAAUAUUUUUUGUUCUCUUUUUUUAAACACUUUUGAGAAUUUAUCAAGCUUUAAAUAAAGUGUUGAAAUGUAGAUAAAGUUGAGGAAAUUUAUAUUUAAUUAAAAAGGGGUAGGAUAGGAUAAAGUGGCGAUGUAGCACAGACUGGUUAUAUGAAGGUGAUGCCUCACUAUUUUUAAAAUAAAAGCUAAUAGCUAAUAUUAAUUAAUUUAUCAUGUUAAUUAAGAAAUACAAAAAAUUGAUAAAUAAGAAGUUUCUUAAGUAGUAUAUUUUGUAGAAUUUUAUAAUUAAUUAUUAAAAUUUUAAUACGUAUUAAUGCAUUUAGUAUCUCAAACUUUUACAUAAGCUUAGUAUACUAUGAAUAGAUGGCAUUAGGUAUCUUCAACUUUUAUUACUUAUUUCUUUUACAUUCAUACAUAUGUUGUUUUUAUAUAAAUAUGAAAAAUGUUAAAUUUGUAUAAUAGAUUUUACGUUUCUGUUUUUACUAUUUAAGAAAAUUUUUUAUCUUAUAUAAUUGUAUUAAGUACCUCAGGUAGUAUAUACAAUGUUUUGUAUUUUUUGAUUUUUCUGUUAGCUUUAU